AUGGUCACCACGUGGCAACAUCGCCCGCAGUCAGUGCGGCACCGCCGCCACUCUGCUUCUCCGCAUGGUCCAGUGUUGCUGCUUCUCCCUGUCCUCCUCCUUGCCCUCACAUGCCUUGACCUUUCCUCCGCGCAAAGCGCGCCAAGUCCUUCCGCCAGCCCGUCUCCGCCUCCCCCCGCAACUCCGCCGUCCUGCCCAUUCACCGGGUUACAGCCGUCCGCUCCUUCCGUCUCACCUUCCCGCUGCCCGGCCGCGGCGAAUCUGUCCUGCUGCCCGGCGUGCAGCGAUCUGAACGGCGCGCUACAGCUCGCGUCGGCGAACAUGAGCGCGCUUGUAGCGGAGCUCAGCCCCGGCGCUACGGUUGACCCGAGCCUGGGCGUGUGCAAGGGCUUCGAGGGCCAGCAGCGGUGCCUGCAGCUGCUCGAGGAUCUCAACUGCGCAUCGAGUUGCAACUCAGAUUCGGGCGCGUACAUAAGCGGAACGAGCAUGCGCGUGUGCUCUGCCUUCGCCUCGACCCUCUUCGACGCGUGCAGUCCCGUGUGGAUGGACACGCUUCAGCUGUCGCUGCUUUACCCAAACGCCUCCUCCCUCCUCGCGUCCUUCGCCAGCAAUGUGACGAAAAUAAUGGGAUCCCUGGUUACCACAUUUGCGAUCGACGACUCGUCCACCUGUUUCAACGGCACGGGCAUCUACCCGCAAUACACGGCCUGCUGCGAUCCCUACUCCUCCCUCCCCACCUGCCCGGUCACAUCCCUCGACCCGUCUAAUUACCAAUCCGUAGUUAAUCGCACUAUCGACUCAAAUAGCUCGGAGCUCAGCCCCGGCGCUACAGUCGACCCCAGCCUGGGCGUGUGCAAGGGCUUCGAGGGGCAGCAGCGGUGCCUGCAGCUGCUGGAAGAUCUCAACUGCGCGUCGACGUGUAACCCGAAUUCUGGCGCUUACAUAAGUGGCACCACCAUGCGCGUGUGCACUUCCUUUGCUGACGCCCUCUACACCGCGUGCAGCCCCGUGUGGAUGAACAAUGUCUCCAUUUCUGCGCUCUUCCUCAACGCCUCCUCCCUCCUCGCAUCCUUUGGAGGGAACAUAACCAAACUCAUGGGAUCAAGCAUUACCAACUUAACCAUCGACGACUCCAAUUCCACCGCCUGUUUCAACGGCACUGGAAUCUACCCCACCUACACUGCCUGCUGCGACCCCCUCGCCGCCCCUUCCACCUGCCCCGCAACCGCUCUGAACCCCUCUAACUACCCUUCGGAUCUGAUCAACCGCACCAUUGACUCCCAGUCUUGCAUGGGCAGCCUCCUUCCCCCUCCGCCUCCCCCUCCCCCUUCCGCCCCCCCUUCCGCCCCCGCCCCUGGCUCCACCUCCGCUCCUUCCCCCACCUCUCCCCCCUCCGCCCCAAGCCCGUCCGCCCCUGGUUCCGCCCCUGCCCCGUCGCCGCCCCCAGUUACAACCUUCCCCGAUUGCCCCUUCACGAAUAACAGCCCGUAUCCGCCUGGUAGUGCCAUGCCGCGGUGCCCUGCUGCGGCGAAUCUCUCCUGCUGCACGGCCUGCCAGGAUAUUGAUGGCGCGUUGAAACUCGUGACCACGAAACUGGAAGACGUGGUGAAGCGCAUUGGCCCAGCGAAUUCCGUGGAUCCCAGUCUCAAGCUGUGCGAUCUCUACAGUGAUCUCAUGUGCGAGCAAUCAGUGGAGGAUAUGGUCUGCGCACUCACAUGUAACCCAGAUGCGGGUCGGUAUGUGACAGUAUCGAACGGUGCUGUUUCCAUGUCUGUGUGUCCUAGCUAUGCUUCCUUCGCCUACGGAGUGUGCAAGGGAACUACAAUUGGUAACAUGACACUCGAGUCCAGCAUACCGGAUGCUGGCAUGUUCCUGAGCACAGUUGUCAGCAGCGUAAUCGGCGUCGCCAUGGGCUUUAAUAACUUCACCGUCACAGUGCAAGAGACCAACUGUUUCAACGGCUCUCCUCUCGUCCCAGCCACCCCAGCGUGCUGCGACCCGCUCUCCAUCCCCUCCUCCUGCCCUCUAGGCUCAAUCGACCCGUCUCAAUACCCCGACACCAUCGGCCGAACCAUCAACUCCUCUCUUUGCCUCUCCGCCUCCCCUCCCCCUCCUCCUCCUGCCACAGCCCCCUCCUCUUCCCCUCUCCCCCUGCUCCUUCUGCUCCCGGCUCUGCCCCUUCACCUCCUCUCGCUCCCGGGAGUUUCCCGUCCCCCUCCCCGCCUGCUCCUGCUGUGCCUUCUUCCCCUGAGAAUAACUCAAGGCCUCCCCCUCCUCCCUCUCCUCCUUCCAAGGCUGCUUCCGCCUCAUCUUCUGCUGCUGCGACAGUGGUGA